AUGAAUGGUGCUGUUUGGAUCUCACCAAUAAAAAAGCUACCACCGGUGGUGAGAAAAUUUUUCUCAAACCUCAAUUAUCGAUCGAUUAUUUUUUCAAGCAUUGUUUCCAAGUAGUAACACUUUUUUUUAUUCAGAUAAAUGCUGUUCAUGCGACGAGUUCAAUAAACUACACAAAAGAGCCGCAAGCUCUUCAUGGUGUACAAUCGUUAAAAGUACAGGGUGGAGUAUCAUUUUUGUCUUCAAAUCUUAUAGCCAACAACCCCGAAAAACCAACUUUCGAAAACUUCAUUGUUUUGAACGCUUCUGACGAACGAAUUUCUGAACGCCGCUUGAGUUCUUUGUAUAAACAGUUCAAUGGAUUGAGAAAAGUAAGAUUUCAUUAAAUUUAAACAAUACUCCUUUUUGCUUUAGAAUCAGAACAAGUGCUUUUUUUUGCUUCUGAUCAGAAAUUUUGAUCUUUUUUAAUUCUGAACAGAAAUAUGUGAACGAUUUUGCUUUUCAACAAAAGAGUGUGAUCUUUUUUGAUUUUGGAGCAAGAAAAUAUGCUCUUCUUCGAUUUUGAAGAAAAACAAUUUGAUAUUUUUUGCUUCAGGGCAGAAACGUUGAUCUCUUUUGAUUCUGAAGCAAAGUUGUGUGCUCUUUUUUGGUUCAGAAUCAGAACAAGUGCUCAUAUUUGCUUCAGAACAGAGAUAUGUGCUCAUUUUUGCUUCAGAAUCAGAACAAGUGCUCAUUUUUGUUUCAGAAUCGAAACAAGUGCUCAUUUUUGCUUCUGAAGAGAGAUAUGUGCUCUUUUUUGCUUCAGAAUCAAAAUAAGUGCUCAUUUUUGCUUCGAAAUCAAAACAAGUGCUCUUUUUUGCUUCCCAACCAAACAUCUCAAUUCACACAUACAUAUAUUUUUCAGAAUUUAAUUACUGUAUCUACACUACAGUACUUUUGCACAAAUUUAUCAAUACAAUCUUUCGAACAGAACAAGAGAAAUCCGAAUAUUAUUAACAGAACUGAGCCGGUGAAAAUAUAUGAAGUGAGUUUUUUAGAGUUCCCAAAAAUUUGAAAAUUUAGCAUUACAAAAAUAUUUUUUGUUUCAGAAUUUGAUUACUGUAUCUACACUACAGUACUAUUUUCACAACCAUUGUAUGACGGGAGCCGCAUACCGAAUAUUAUUAUCAGAACUGAGCCAAUUGGGUUUGCAUUGA